GGUUAACCUAGCCGGAGGGUGUGCCACACUUCGGGCUGUUUGGCUGUUGGCUCCGCCCUGGCCGGCCCCGCCUCACCGGAGCCCGCCUGGUUACCCCUGUUAACGUGAAGGACAGGUUCGCCCCUGGUGGACCACUAAGAGAGGUCCUUUGAGGAUGUGUCCUUGCCUGGUGGGAACCUGAGCUAAAGCUUUGUUGGAGGCAGACAACCUUGGCUGCUCUGGAAGAGUGUGCUUCUUCUCUGCCUGGCUCCUGAUUUUCUAUCAGCACUGGAGGAUCUGCUGCUGUCCACACGCUGCCUGACUUCAGAGCAAGAGAGUGAGGACUCCAGAAGAGUUCCGCAGAGUUGGCAGAGGCUGUGUGGUACAGACCUUCAUGAGCCGGUACCAGGCUGCCCUUCUGGGUCUAGGCCUGCUGCUCAUGCUUCUCCUGUAUGUGGGGCUGCCUGGCCCACCUGAGCAGACUUCCCAGCUCUGGAGAGGCCCCAAUGUCACAGUCCUGGCUGGCCUCACCCGAGGCCACUCCAAAGUCUUUUACCGUGAGGUGCAGCCUCUCCAGCAAGCACACAGGGCGGAAGUCGUGUUUCUCCAUGGAAAGGCGUUUAAUUCCCACAUAUGGGAGCAGCUGGGCACGAUGCAGCUAUUGUCAAAGAAGGGCUACCGGGCUGUGGCCAUUGACCUUCCAGGGUUUGGGAACUCAGCGCCCUCAAAGGAAGCGAGCACAGAAGCAGGGCGAGCAGAGCUGCUGAAGCAGGCGCUGCGGGACCUACAGGUGCAGAAUGCUGUAUUGGUGAGCCCCUCACUGAGUGGCAGCUAUGCCCUGCCCUUCUUGAUGCGAAGCCACCACCAGCUACGUGGAUUUGUGCCCAUUGCACCCACCUCCACACGGAAUUACACACGGGAACAAUUCCGGGCUGUGAAGACCCCAACUCUUAUCAUGUAUGGGGAACUGGACCACACCUUGGCGCGAGAGUCACUCCAGCAGCUCCAGCACCUGCCCAACCACUCUGUGGUGAAGCUAUACAAAGCAGACCAUGCCUGCUACCUCCACAGUCCGGAAGCCUUCCACCAUGCCCUUCUUGAGUUCCUUGACCAUUUGCCUUGAACGGACUCCCCAGAACUGACCUUGAACAGUCUAGAUCCUCUCUCUCCUCUUCCAGGGAGGCUGGCCCUGAAUGGGAUUGGGGACAGAGGAUCAAGCCAGCCAGGACUCUUGAUUUCAUUUCACAGGAACAAUAAAGAAAAGGCCUGUUUGUCUUGCCUGGA